AUGAAGCAUAUCAUCCGGGUUUUGGCACUUGCGGUAGCCGCCUCUGGUGCCGCCAUCUCAUCGUUAAGCCGUCAUACUGUAACUAAUAUCACGCAGCCCGGUCAUGCGCCAGAGGCAGAUCGCUUACUGUUUAAUACCUCUGACGCAUUCAACCGCAUCAUCUAUCCCCGCGCUAACACGGGUGCUACAGGGCCUGAUCCAGUCCAACAGCUACUCCACAUUGCACCUACAUCGAACACCUGCGCCGGAGCACCUUUCCCCAAUGAAUGUGUUAUUUCGUCACCCUCUGUCGUUCAAGCAAUAGUCAACGGCUUCGCAAAGUAUCAAAUCACAACUGCAGAAGAACAAGCCGCGCUACUGUCUUGGAUGGCGUACGAGUCUGGUGACUUCAACUAUAAUCACAACAAUUUCCCUAGUCCUGGGAACCCGGGCCAAGGGACACGGUACAUGAUGUCUCCUACCUUCGUACGUGAAUACGCGCAGUCCGUUCCGGAGUUAAGAGCAAAUAUUGGCGUGGGAACAACACCAGCUGAUUUGGAUGCGACGCUCGCUCUGGUGCAGCCUGAUCAAUACUCGUUUGCAGCUGCGGCAUGGUAUUACAACCAGCACUGUACCGAUGCGCAGAAGAGGCAGGUUCAGGCGGGAGGUCAGAACAACUGGGCAUCUGCCUUCAUUGCUGGCUGUGUGAACACUGCCAUGGACGACAGGAGAAUUGCUUAUUGGAUACGGGCUUGUGAGGCUCUCGGUGUGAAAGUCACCCAGUAA